AAGAAGACGGACCACAAACAACAUUGCUUUGCCGCCCGUCAGCCCGAACCGCCCGCGCAAAUACCAUAGCAUUGAUUUACUUCACUAGCCUUGUCCCCGCUGCUGUGUUUUGAGCCUGGUUCUGGUUCUGGUUCUCUUGGCCCGUGGUACAGCUCAGCUCUGUGUCUAGCCAAUAUCCGACUGCAGCUGGCGUUGCCUCAUUAAAGUGCAUCAUAGUUACAUAUAUAUCUUUCGUGCUGUGCCUACGUAUUAAUUGUGUGUUCCAUAUCACUCUCUUGCGAUAGCAAUAAAACUGUAAACCGAUUGUGUUAGUGUGAGCUGUGAUCAAAACAUAACAUUUUUUUUACAACAACUGAAGCGCGACCAGAGGCAGUCGAAGCAGGAGAGAACACACACACACACCCAAGGGCAGAUGUAGGCGCAUGCAAGCAGUGCGAGUGCGGGGCGGAUUGUGAAAGCAAGCGAGAUAGAAAUAGGCAUAAUUUAUAGCACAUAUACAGUUAGCAGUACUAAGGAGCGAAAAGUUGUUGGAAUCGAUAAGAGCCCAAUACAUAUGUACAUUUAUAAUAGAAGGCCUCUCACGCAACCUUAACAAUAUACAGAGACCCACAAAGCAAUAGCUACCAACAGUAUUACAUACCACUGCACGCACCCCCACCCCAAAACACACACACUCACACACACGCAGUGAAUCAACGCGUCCGCCCACAAGUCGCUGGAAUCAGUGCACCGGGCCAGAUAUCCAGCAUCAAUUCCAGUUCCAAACUCUCAUACAGCAAGAGAGAAAAAAAAUGAGCUCACCGAUCGUAACGCGACGUGGGGCGCAGCAGGCAAAGAUACAAACCCGCGCCAUGGCUAUGAAGUCGAGUUCGAAUUCGACUGCGACUGCGGCAUCGUCGUCAUCGUCGGGAGCGAUCAAAAGCAGCAGCGUCGGCGCCGAGCUGCCCAAACGGAGCGAAACCCUCUUGGAGGCAAAACGUCGCGCUCGAAACAUGCUCAAAAACCAAGGCAAUCCACCAGCCAUGCAGGAAACUGUGACGGAUAUAUUCCAGACAGCUGUCAAGUCGCGGCCUCUGGUGCGCGGAGAAACGGCUCUGGUCUACCAUCAGUCGAUGGAGCAGCAUUGCUGCCGCUGGGAUCCAAAACAUUUGGAGUGUCCCGAUCGGUUUAAUCGCGUCUUGGAUCGCUGCAACGAGCUGAAGCUAUUGGAUCGCUGCCUGCCAGUGUCCGCCAGGCUGGCCACCAAACAGGAGAUACUCCGGCUGCAUACGGCCCAGCAUUUUGAACUGUUGGAGCAGACGUCCGAAGUGUGCGACGACCAGAGCAUGGAGGAGCUUAGCUCUCGCUUUGAUUCAAUAUACAUACAUCCGUCCACAUUUCAGUGCUCUUUGCUUGCAAGCGGAUCCACCAUUGAUCUGGUGGAUUCUAUAAUUACGGGCAAGGCGCAGAACGGCAUGGCCAUCAUCCGACCGCCAGGGCAUCAUGCCAUGAAGGCCGAAUUCAAUGGCUAUUGUUUCUUCAACAAUGUGGCCUUGGCCGCUCAGCAUGCCCUUGACGUACAUAAGCUGGAGCGCAUCCUGAUCCUUGACUACGAUGUCCAUCAUGGUCAGGGCACACAGCGCUUCUUCUACAACGAUCCCAGGGUGCUGUAUUUCUCUAUACAUCGCUUCGAGCACGGCGCCUUCUGGCCACAUCUGCAGGAGUCGGACUACCAUGCCAUAGGCGAGGGCCCUGGCCUGGGCUUCAACUUCAAUGUGCCGCUCAAUGAGACAGGAAUGGGCGACGGGGACUACAUGGCCAUCUUCCAGCAGCUGCUACUGCCCGUGGCAAUGGAGUACCAGCCGGAACUGAUCAUCGUCUCGGCCGGCUAUGAUGCGGCCCUGGGCUGUCCCGAGGGUGAAAUGCAGGUGACGCCCGCCUUCUAUGCGCAUCUGCUCAAUCCGCUGCUCCGACUGGCCGACUCCCGUGUGGCCGUCGUGCUCGAAGGAGGCUACUGCCUUGAAUCUCUGGCCGAGGGAGCGGCCCUCACGAUGCGCACCCUGCUGGGUGAUCCCUGCCCCGUGCUGGUCGAGCCGCUGCUCCCGCCGAAGCGUUCGAUGUCCAAAUCCAUUCUCAACUGCAUAUUUGCUCACCGGCCGUACUGGCGUUGCCUACAGCUGCAGGGUACCUACGAUCCAUCAGAGCUGAAGACCAAGGAUCGGAAUCGGGACUUGCAUAUUGUAGAACGUGCAUGGGUUGGCGGACCGCCACCCGUUACCGUUUAUCCGACGCGGGACACCUCCGUGCAACACCUCAUUCCCGUUGCGGUAGUGGCCGAUAACACGGCCCGAUUGCACCGACUGCGGCUGGAGACCAUUCUGACGGUUCCUGCAGUUCGUGUGUGCUACGCUUACAAUCCCGAGAUGAUGGAACACCGCAACCUGGACGACCUGGGCCAUCCGGAACAGCCGAAGCGCAUCCAGUUCAUACACAAAAUGCACGAGGAUUAUCAGCUGCUCGGCCGCAUGAAGCAGCUGUCUGCGCGGGCGGCCACCACCGACGAGAUCUGUCUGGCGCACAGUCGCUCCCACGUAAACACAAUGCGGCGGGUGCUGGGCCGAGACAAGGAGGAUCUCCAGGCGCAGGCAGCGACCUACAAUUCAGUAUACUUGCAUCCGGCCACGUUUGGUUGCGCCACCCUGGCCGCUGGAUCCGUUCUCCAGGCGGUAGACAGUGUGCUCCGCGGGGAGUCCCGCAGUGCGAUCUGCAAUGUCCGUCCGCCUGGCCACCAUGCGGAGCCGGACCAGCCGCACGGUUUCUGCAUCUUCAACAAUGUUGCCAUUGCCGCCCAGUACGCCAUCCGGGAGUUUGGCCUGAAGCGUGUGCUAAUCCUCGACUGGGAUGUCCACCACGGCAAUGGCACCCAGCACAUUUUCGAGUCAAAUCCGAAGGUACUGUACAUCAGCGUCCAUCGCUACGAGAACGGAACAUUCUUCCCGAAGGGCCCCGACGGCAACUACGAUGUGGUGGGCAAGCAUGCGGGAGCCGGCUUUAAUGUCAAUAUACCAUGGAAUAAGAAGGGCAUGGGGGAUCUGGAGUACGCUUUGGCCUUCCAGCAGAUCGUAAUGCCAAUUGCGUACGAGUUCCAGCCGGAACUGGUGCUCGUGUCGGCGGGCUUCGAUGCGGCCAUCGGGGAUCCUCUAGGGGGCUGCAAAGUCUCGCCCGAGGGCUACGGUCUGUUCACCCACUGGCUGUCUGCCCUGGCCGGUGGCCGGAUAGUUGUGUGCCUCGAAGGCGGCUACAAUGUCAACUCCAUUUCGUAUGCGAUGACCAUGUGCACAAAGACGCUGUUGGGGGAUCCGGUGCCGACGCCACAGCUGGGGGUGGUUGCCCUGACAAGGCCGCCGACAACGGCCUUCCAGAGCUGCCUGGAGACGCUACAGUGCUGCGUGGAGGUGCAGCGUCAGUAUUGGAAGUCGCUGGAGUUUGUUGGCUACCGGCUGCCGCAUGGCUACCAGAUUGGGGAGAACAACAACGAGGAUUUUCUUGCCGCUUCCUUGCUGAAGUUGAAUAUUUCAAGUGACGAUGCCCAGGGCGCGGCGGGCGGCCCCACCGACGGCGAUCAGGCCGAUCCAGGGCAGGAACGGCCCAGCGACAGCAAGCCCAAAGUCAAGGUAAAGCCGCCCAAUCAUUCAACGGCCGCGCCAGAGGAGAUGUUUGCCAUUCCCCCGAGCAAGACUUGUCCGCACAUGAGAAUGCUACGACCGGAGCUAGUGCCGCAAUCAAUAAACACGAGGGCGCCGUGCGGCGAGUGCAUCUCUAGGUCGGAGAACUGGAUGUGUUUGAGCUGUCAUUAUAUUGGCUGUGGGCGCUACGUGGGCCGGCACAUGCAGAGGCACUGCGAGGCUCUCGAACAUACACUGGUGAUGCGCUUACAGGACCAUGCCGUGUGGUGCUAUGUGUGCGGCGUUUACCUCGAUAAUCCGCGACUCUUCGAAUACAAGAAUCGGGCGCAUCAGGACAAAUACGGGAGACCGCUGGCCUGGCGCUAUCCCUGUGCGAAGCGUGCCGAUGGCUGUUAUCCGUUGGAUCCCGAAUCGGAUUCGGAGGAGGAGGCCGAUCAUAUUGCCAAUGGGAGCUAUCUCCAGGAGGCCCAGUGACCCUUGCUGCUACGCGUCCUGCACGCCCUCACAGAUUAUAUGUGCACGUUGUGCCCACCAUUCAGACACAUACUCCAGUUCCUGGUCGAGCACAUGUGGCCGCUCCUGGAACGCACUUACCUUAAGAUUAUACAAUUUUUUUUGGGCAAUUAAGACAGACACGUACGUACUCGGCCUAUACUCUCUCCCUCGUUCCCCUUUGGAUACAAACGAGCGCGUCAACCGCGCGCUUGUUACAUAAAUUAAUUGUUGCAUGGGAGCUGUUUGUUGGCGGUUCCCUUUAAUGAAAAAAAAACCCUAAGCGAAUAGAAAUUGUUAAUGUUAUGAUGAACUAAUAAUUAUAUUACAUGUGUAAUAAAGAUGUCCAGUGUUAAGCAACUAUAA